CAUAGUAAUAAAAAGGAGUAUGAUUUCUUAUCCACCAAAAGGGGAACUAGGCCUACUGUGUAAACUGCGCUGUAAAAAUAAAUGGCCACUACUGGAAUCUACACAGUAGUCAAACUUCCGAGCUGUCCUUGAAGGCAUCAGUGCAUUUUGGCUGAUGACGUCACGGUUCAUCUCAGCAGGGACAGCAGUGAUGGGCGCGCUCAUGUCUGAAACGUGUUGAUUCCGCUUCAUGGGGAUCAGGAUGUCCCGCAGAGGCAGCCGCCAGUCCCUGCUCCCGGAAAAGAGCCACGACACACGGCGGGGAGAAGAGUCACUGCCCGACACCGACUCUCUGGACGGGGUGGACCGCAGGGAGGACAUAGCCCAGUUCCCAUACGUGGAGUUCACCGGGAGGGACAGUAUUACCUGUCCCACCUGCCAGGGCACGGGUCGCAUCCCCUCAGAGCAAGUGAAUGAACUUGUGGCUCUGAUUCCAUACAGUGACCAACGGCUACGUCCCCAAAGAACUAAGCUGUACGUGGUGCUGUCCGUGGUGCUGUGCCUCCUCACCUCCGGUCUCGUGGCCUUCUUCCUCUUCCCUCGACCUGUCAUUGUAGUGUAUGACGGGGUGCACUCUGUAAUUAUCCACUUUGACGAGACUAAUCAGAUGGUUCAGAUGAAGCUCACUAGCUCUCUCAACUUCAGCAACCCCAACUUCUUCUCUGUGCUGGUGCAAAGCCUCAGCUGUCAGGUCCUGUACAUGAAGACCGUAGUGGGGUUUACUCAAAUGGACAAUGUGACCACCAUCCAGCCUCUCAGCCAAUCUCAGGUGAACUAUACGGUGAAUGUGGAAAUUGGCAGGAAUUCACCUUAUGUCUAUACAUUCUGCACCAUGCCAAGUAUCAAGGUUCAUAACAUCGUAAUAUUCAUGCAGACGUCGGUGAAGACCUCAUACAUGGUGAGGACUUCUCAGAACAACCUGGAGUCUUACCCAUAUAUAGACUGUGGAGCCAAUAGCACAUUUCCCCACAGGACCAGGCAGCACUGGGACCCCUCCUAAACUCUAAGAAACAAGCAUUACUAAAUGUAGGGGUGCUUAUCUGGAGUUUACCUGCGGUUUGAAUGCACAGGUUGUUUUUUUGACAGCUUAGCUUGGGGAGGUUUCUGUAAGGUGCUAUUGAGCGGCAUUAUCAUGUUUACACAAAUGUUUAAAGAAUGUAAUGGUGAAGACCUGCUGAUAUUAGCUUAGCCGCAGUCUAUGCUUAUCUGUGUUGUUUGGGCUGCUUCUGGCUAGACUAAGCAGCAUUGGAGAAGAUAAUGCGCUUUUCUUUUAAUGAGAAUAGAUGGCAUUCAGCUGACAAUGAACUAGUCAAGUGCUUGUCUGCCAAAGUCAAGGUUUUCCUGCUGUCACAUGACCACAGGAUAUUAGUCUAAUGCUGAGGUUGCAUCAGUGAAUUAUUUGGUACAACUGGGCCACUAAGAUUACUCAAAAGGGGAGAACAAAUUACUGGAGAAUUCUGCUGUUGCAUCAGUUUCUAGGAUUCCAUACAAAACAAUAGAGCUUGAGCAAAAAAUGUCUGUUACCAUGGAAAUCCACCAUGUUUGUAGCAGUAGAGCAAAAUGUCCAUUAGCCAAAGCAGUGUUAAAAAGUAAAAAAAACAAAAACAAAACACUGGGUGUGUCACUACUGGUAAAUACACACAUCAUUCUAUAGUAUCAGAAUACUUUUUAUACCAUGGAAAUCCACCAUGUUUGUAGCAGUAGAGCAAAAUGUCCAUUAGCCAAAGCAGUGUUAAAAAGUAAAAAAAAAAAAAAAAAAAAAGCACUGGGUGUGUCACUACUGGUAAAUACACACAUCAUUCUAUAGUAUUAGAAUACUUUUGAAUGGCCACUAAAGUCAGUAUUUCACAUCUUAAAAAUCUCCAUUGGUUUAACAUUAGGCUCACUGAAAAUCACGAGUUGUGAUGUCACAAUCGCACACUGUAUACAGUGCCAUAAUUGUAAGUUGAAUG